AUGAUACUUGGAAGCAUUAAGGGAAAGAUGGCGACCCGCGUCCUUCAGAAUGUGGGCAACAGCCUGAAACAGACAAGAAAUGGUGUCCGGACGAACGGACAAGUCACACAUAUAAUCAGGAGUCUGUCUGCAUCCAAUAAUAGGAACGGUGAGGACAGCUGGUUCAAGUCUCUAUUUGUAAGGAAAGUCGACCCCAGAAAGGAUGCCCACUCUCAACUACUGGCCAAGAAGGAAGACACCAAUCUCUACAAAAUACAGUUUCACAACGUCAAGCCCGAGUGCCUGGAUGCUUACAACUCACUUUGUGAGGAGGUUCUGCCCUCAAUCAACACUGACGCUCACUACCCCUGUGAGCUGAUUGGCACCUGGAACACAUGGUAUGGAGAACAGGACCAGGCAGUUCACCUGUGGAGAUAUCGGGGAGGCUACCCAGCCCUGACAGAGGCCAUGAACAAACUCAUGCAGAAUAAGUUGUUUCUAGAGUACAGGAACGAGCGGGGGAAGAUGUUACUAUCUCGUCGUAACCAGCUGCUGCUUGAGUUCAGCUUCUGGAAUGAGCCUACUCCCCGCCCAGGACCCAACAUCUAUGAGCUCCGCUCAUACCAACUCCGGCCUGGAACUAUGAUUGAGUGGGGAAACUACUGGGCUCGGGCCAUAGAGUUCCGACAGCAGAACAGUGAGGCGGUGGGAGGGUUCUUCUCUCAGAUUGGCAGCCUCUACAUGGUACAUCAUCUCUGGGCCUACAAGGACCUGCAGUCGAGAGAAGAAACCAGGAACGCAGCUUGGCGUCAUGACGGCUGGGAUGAGGUGGUCUAUUACACAGUUCCUCUGAUCCAGCACAUGGAGUCCAGGAUAAUGAUCCCCAUGAAGACAUCCCCUCUGAAGUAAUUCUCUGGCAGCACCUGGGAAGAGCCAUGAGCACCAGACCUACUAACCCUUAUCCAAAGAAAGCGUAACCAACCACGAAUGUGCUUUCACUGUGCUUCCAGAAGUCUCAGCAAUGACAUCAGCAUGCUUUGCCCUUCUGGUUUGAUCCCUAGUUAAAAAUUACUGACACUGAGAUAACUGUUUCUGUUACUGAAAAUUAUUUGUUACUGAUGCAUACACUCCAUAUAGAGUUGAGUUACAAAUGAAAUACCUUAGAUACCCGAAAGUUCUUAGUGCUUAGGGGUUUAUUUGGGAUUUAAUCACUGAGCCAGUCACCUCACCAGCAGUCCUUCAUAUCAUGGUGCUUGAGUUUUUUUCAUUUGCCCUGAUAGAAGAGGAGUGUUCCUUUUUGCUCCAGCACAUCUCUCUGAAUUGGUAACUGAGGCAGAAGACAAAGGAAGAUGAUAGAGGGAUAGAGAGAACUCUUUUUGAUGACUCUUUUUCUUUGUAAAUAUAAAAUAACUCAUGGCAGACUAAUCAGUUCAGGCAACCCCCCACCACCCGAUAAUUGAUUGAUUGGGUUGGCCUUGACGUCCCUUCAUCAACCAAUCAGGUUUCUCCUAAUCAUAGCAAUUAACAAAUCUGGUUACUCUAACCCAGAGAAUGUGUUUAGAAAUCAGAAUGUAGAUAGUAGGGCUUUGACCAGACGUAGAGAUUUUUAUUGUAAUUGACAAGUCAGUGUGUGAUUGUCCCAUAUUGCUAGAAUGGGGCUUUGGAAGAGGAACAAUUUUUGUGUUGAAUGUGAAAUGCAGUGCUUCAUUAAGAUUAGUUGUACAUAUUUCAUUAAACUUCUGAUG